UUAUGGCAGGCAAUCCGCCAUCGAUGACACUAACCUCGUCAUCAUUCAUCACUACAAAGAUAAAAGCACAGAGAAUAAGAGAAGUAAUUAAUCACAUAAAUAACAUAACAAGAUUAUCAAAAUGAAACAUCACAGAAAAGCUAGAUUAUUCAACAGCAAUAAAAGACAGACAGUAUAUUCACAUUGUCAGCAUAAUGUAUGUGUGAUAACUGAUAAGCAUAAACAUAAGGACAUAUUUGCAAUUUUGAAAAUAAAUUUAAGCUACUAUAUAUUUUUUUAUAAUCAUAAGACUUAACGAAUAAUCUUUCACCCUCUUUGUGUUUGACUGAGUUUGAGUGAGCACUAUGUCUGGUGAUUUACUUCCUGAAAACUCAAUUGUGGUGGGGUGUGGAGGUGUGGGCUUGGAUUUGUUGGCCACUGUUGCUGCUUUUCCUCAGCCAGAUCAAAAAAUCAGAAGCACUUCCUUCAAGAUUCAAGGAGGUGGUAACACUGGCAAUGCCUUAACCUGCGUGGCUCGCUUGGGCCUCAAACCAAGGAUUAUCUCCAAGAUAGCAGACGAUACUCAAGGAAGGAGCAUAUUAGAUGAACUACAGGCUGAUGGUGUAGAUACCUCCUUUAUAGUGGUAUCUAAGGAAGGCACUUCACCAUUUACAUAUAUCAUUGUUGACAACCAAACCAAGUCGCGUACUUGUAUAUAUACCCCGGGAUUUCCUCCAAUGAAACCAGAUGAUCUUACCGAAUCAAGUUUGUUAUCUGCAUUGAAUGGAACGAAAAUUGCUUAUUUAGAUGGGAGAUUUCACGAAACUGCUCUAGUUGUUGCACACGAGGCGAUUAGGAAGAAUAUACCUAUCUUAAUGGAUGCAGAAAGGCCAAGAGAAGGAUUGGAUGAUCUCAUCAAAGUAGUUGAUUAUGUUGUAUGCGCUGCACAGUUUCCGCAGGUAUGGACAGAGGCAGCAACUGUUCCAAAAGCACUUGUUUCUAUGCUUCUAAGGUUGCCGAAAGUCAAAUUUGUGAUUGUAACUUUGGGAAAAGAUGGUUGUAUAAUGCUUGAGAGAACUGCUAAUGAGGUUCCAUCCACAGAAGAAGAAAUGGAUGUUGACAAAUUACUGGAAUCUCUCGAAACAAAAAAGAAUGCGAGCAUUAACAUUCCAACCUGCAUAUCAUCAGUAAUCUUCAUGAAAGCUUCAUUGGCGACAAAUUUGCGAGCAGAUGGUAUAGGAACAAUUUGUGGUAAGUUAUACAUCGGAACAGCUGAAAACAUACCACCACACGAGCUUAUUGAUACCACUGGUGCUGGUGAUGCAUUCGUCGGAGCUGUUCUCUACGCUAUCUGCACCAACUUCGCAACAGAGAAAAUGUUAUGCUUUGCUGCUAAUGUGGCAGCUGCUAAGUGUAGAGCUCUAGGGGCGCGAAGUGGUCUUCCUCGCUACAACGACCAGCGCUUAGCAUCAUUCAUGGAGUAGCUUUACCAAUCUAGACCGAUGAUAUUGGUCCAUUGUUUAGAUGUUGAUUUCAUUCCUUGUCUUAUUUUUAAUUGUUAAGUUGGUGUAAUUAUGCAAAUCUAACUAAACUAUUGGAAAAGGAACUCUUUCCAUGAAUUGUCAUGAAAUCAUUUGAAAUUGUUACACAAAAAAGGAUGCUUCUACACUUGUUGAAAACAUGCCCGUGUAGUUAUAUGCAAUGUCAUUUGGG